AUGAAGAAUCUAUCAUCCUCUUUCUGGGCAGCUGUGAGCUUAAUCCCUCUUCUUGGGGGGGUUGAUGCCAGGUCCAUUUGGUCCACAUCGCCAGGAACUUAUGGGGUCGACGACAAUUAUAUCCUCAAGUCCGGCUAUCCGGUCGGCAAUGGGAUCCUCGCAGGCACGCACUUCGGAGAUCCCGGUCACGAAAAGAUUGUUUUCAAUGUUGACUCUUUGUGGUCUGGCGGCCCAUUUGAAAACUCGGCCUACACUGGAGGUAACCCGACAACCAGCAAGUCAACUGCUCUUCCCGGAAUUCGCGAGUAUAUUUUCGAUCAAGGAACUGGAAAUGUCUCGGCUCUCCUUGGCAGCGGCAACUACUAUGGCUCAUAUCGUGUCUUGGGCAACUUGAGUAUAAUCAUCGGCCACGCUACUGAUUAUACGAACUACACACGGUCUUUGGAUCCAUCCACUGGCGUUCAUACUACCACGUACCUUGCGGAUAGCGUCAAUUAUACGACAACCCUGUUUUGCUCCAAUCCGGCUGAUGCAUGUGUCUACCGUGUCACAUCUGAUGAGGACCUACCAAACAUCAACAUUCAGUUCGAAAACUUGGCCGUUUCAUCCAGUCUGGCCAAUCCGAGCUGUAACCAUCCGUACACUCGAUUCAGGGGGGUUACUCAACUGGGAGACCCAGAAGGAAUGAAGUACGAAGCCAUUGCAAGAUUUGUCGACAAUCGUGAUGGUGACGGAGUCUCGUGCGCAACCAAUGGCUCUUUGACUAUAGCCCGAUCCCCAGGCUUCAAAACGGUAGACGUUAUCAUCAGUGCAGGGACCAACUAUGACGCUACCAAAGGCAAUGCUGAAAAUGACUACAGCUUCAGAGGAGAUGACCCAGCUGAAGCAGUACAGAGAUCGACCUCUUCAGGCGCACAACAGGGCUAUGACAAGUUAUUGAAAGCGCACAUCGAAGACUACCAAUCGCUUUUCGGAACCUUCACCUUGACCCUUCCUGAUGCUCAAAAGUCAGCCGGUCACGAGACAGCAGUGUUGAUCUCAAACUAUUCCAGCAAUGGCAUAGGGGAUCCGUAUAUUCGGAUUUAUUAUAUAUCAAAGUCAAGGGAUCCUUACUUGGAGAGUCUCCUUUUCGACUAUUCACGAUAUCUACUCAUUGCAUCAUCUCGCGAGAAUUCGCUACCGGCGAACCUACAGGGCAAAUGGACAGAGCAGAUGAACCCUAGCUGGAGCUCCGACUACCAUGCAAAUAUCAACAUCCAAAUGAACUACUGGGCAGCAGACCAGACUGGCCUUGGAAAGACUUCGGUUGCUCUGUGGAAUUACAUGAGAAACACUUGGGUACCUCGGGGAACCGAGACGGCCAAGCUUCUCUACGAUGCGCCUGGGUGGGUCGUCCACAAUGAAAUGAACAUCUUUGGUCAUACAGGUAUGAAGGGUUCAGCAACAUGGGCCAAUUAUCCAGUCGCUGCAGCGUGGAUGAUGCAACAUGUGUGGGACAACUAUGAGUAUGGCCGAUCACUCACUUGGCUACGCCAGGAAGGCUACCCCUUGCUCAAAGAAGUCGCUCAAUUCUGGAUUUCCCAGCUUCAAGAAGACGAGUUCAACAAUGACGGCACAUUGGUCGUGAAUCCCUGCAACAGCGCAGAACAUGGUCCGACAACGUUCGGGUGCACCCACUAUCAGCAGUUGAUCCAUCAAGUUCUUGAAGCUACCUUGAACUCGAUUACAUAUAUCGGCGAGGAUGACCAGGACUUUACAUCAGAGCUGAAAACUGUGUUGAAAAAGCUCGACAAGGGCCUUCAUUACACAUCCUGGGGCGGCAUCAAAGAAUGGAAGUUACCGGAUUCUGCUGGCUACGACACAAAGAACACCCAUCGACAUCUAUCCCACCUCGUCGGCUGGUACCCAGGCUAUUCCAUCUCUUCUUUCCAGGGUGGUUACUGGAAUUCGACAGUUCAGGCAGCUGUUGAAGCCACACUUGUGGCCCGUGGAAAUGGUGUGCAGGAUCAGGACACUGGUUGGGGCAAAGCCUGGCGCGUUGCGUGCUGGGCCCGUCUCAACAACACGAGCCAGGCGUACGACGAACUUCGACUACUCAUCGACAAUAACUUUGCACCCAAUGGCUUUGAUAUGUACCAGGGCCAAAAACCGCCUUUUCAGAUCGAUGCGAAUUUCGGUUUGGGUGGAGCAGUGCUGAGCAUGCUCGUAGUUGACCUCCCAAAUUCCUACGUCAACGAGGAUAAGACACGCACGAUAGUCUUGGGCCCUGCUAUUCCACCAAGAUGGGGCGGUGGCAACGUCAAGAACUUGAGGUUGCGAGGUGGAUCUGCAGUUGAUUUCGAAUGGGACUCUGAUGGAAAAGUCACCCACGCAACCUUGCAUGAAACUGGAAAGCACGUCAAGUUGGUCAACGUGCUUGGUGAAGAGUUGAAUGAGUAGUGA